UAUGCUUCUGCAGUGGGUACAAAAUUCAUACAACAAUUCAACCAAGCAUUAAUGCAUUAUUGAUAGAGUAUAGGACGAUAGGCCAUGGAUCAUUUGUGAAGUUUUCAUUCUUUGUUAGGAAAUUUUAUGCUGUAAGAGUAGCAUCGCCUUGCUUGACGCUUCAAUUCAGAGAAAUGCAGGCUCUGGCCGUUUCAGCCGGUGGCCUUAUACCACCACCACCACAACAGCGGGGUUUAAGAUUCACCGGGAAUUGCCGGAGAGCAAAGCGUUUGAGUGUUUGGGCUGGUCAGUUUCCGGCGUUUCUUCCAAUAGAAGUUCAAAAUAUCAAAGACCCACAAGCCAGAAAACUGGCUUCAAGAAUUGAGAGACUCCCAGUCAGCUUUUCUGAAGGCUGUAUUAUGAGCAGUUGUGUGAUGCCCGUAGAGCAGAGUGGGGAGAAUCCGGUUGUUCUUCUCCAUGGUUUUGACAGCUCACUUUUAGAAUGGAGGUACGUAUUUCCGAUGCUCGAGGAGGCUGGGUUGGAGACAUGGGCAAUUGAUAUUGUUGGAUGGGGUUUCUCUGAUUUAGAAAGGCUUCCAGCAUGUGAUGUCACUUCCAAGCGUGAUCAUCUUUAUCAGGUACUCAUAUCUUAUAUGGAGUAUUUGCUUGUUCAUUUUAUGCUCAUAUUUGUCUCAGUUCUGGAAAGCAUAUAUCAAAAGGCCAAUGACAUUGGUUGGGCCAAGUCUUGGAUCUGCAGUUGCUAUAGACUUUUCUAUCAACUAUCCACAAGCUGUGGAUAAGCUGGUUUUGAUUGAUGCAAGUGUGUAUGCAGAAGGCACCGGAAAACUUGCAACACUACCUGAACCAGUAGCUUAUGCUGGGGCCUCCUUGUUGAAAAGCCUCCCGUUUCGCUUGUUUGCAGUUUUGUUGACUUUCAAUAGGUUACCCUUCAAUAUUGUCACCGACUGGACAAAUAUUGGACGCUUGCAUUGUUUAUUACCCUGGUGGGAGGAUGCAACUGUGAAUUUUAUGAUGAGUGGAGGGUAUAAUGUCGCUGAUCAGAUAAAAGCGGUGAAGCAAAAAACUCUAAUAAUAUGGGGAGAAAAUGAUAAGAUCAUUGACUACAAGUUUGCAGUUCGCUUGCACUGUGAAUUGCCAAAUGCAAAGAUACGCCAGAUCCCAAAUUGUGGGCACAUUCCUCAUGUGGAGAAGCCUACCGUCGUCUCUAAUCUGAUUAUGGAAUUCAUUACUGCUAAUAGAUCACGUCUAGAGAAGCCCGUUGGUGUACUUGCCACAGUUCAAGAUUAAUAUCGAAAUGGGUGAUUAAAGGUAUACAAACAUUCUGGUUAGUUCUUGGUGAACAAACCCGCCUGUCAGCCCGUGCUCGUUAUAUGGUGUUAUCCUUCAAUUGCAUGCAUCUGGACGGAGUGGACGGGUUUUAUAGAUGGAUGUACAUGUUAAAUUGUGAUGGGUGAAAUUUGUAGUUUUCUUGAAAAGCUUAUUGUGAUCACAUGACAUUGAAGGGAAUCCACGUUUAUGGUUGUAUAUAUGAAAUCCUUGUCGAUGGGCACAUGUUUUCAUCUUUUGGGUCAAAAGUUGUGACUCACGUUUUGUCCAAGUACAAUGUAGACUUGUAAAUUGUAAUAGUUCCAAACCCACCGUCCCUUUUUGGAGAUAAACCAGUUUCGCAGUUGACUAAAUGUGGUCUCCGAAAAAUCUAAUCCUAAAAUUCUUGAGAUUUGAAUCACUAGUCGCU